UAGAGCGCAGUACUUCCAGGUGAGAAGUCACUUAAAAGUCUCUCAAAUAUGGCUGCCCCCUUGGAGUUGUUCUGUUGGAAAGGCGAUUAUGGAUUACCUUCAGUAGAUGUCGACUGUUUAACUGUGCUGGCCUAUGCCAAGUUUGCUGGUGCUCCUCUUAAAGUUCACAAAAUCACCAACCCAUGGAGAAGCCCUACAGGUACUCUGCCUGCUCUGAAGACCAGGGAAGGAGGAAGCAUCUCCCAACCCAGUAAGAUCAUCAUUCAUCUCAGGAAACAGAAGUACAAUGCAGACUAUGAUCUAUCAGCAAAGGAGGGCGCAGAUACGCUUGCCUUUGUCUCCCUACUGGAGGAGAAACUGCUACCUGCGCUGCUUUAUCGUGAUGCAUUUGAAUGUAUGACCCUCCUAUCGCAGAGACUGGGGUCGCAGAAAUUCUUCUUCGGAGACUUUCCCUCAUCGCUGGACGCGUAUGUGUUUGCACACCUGGCUCCUCUGUUGAAGAUCAAACUGCCUAAUGGAAAGCUCCAGCAGCACCUCAACUCUCUGAACAACCUGCAGCAGUACUGCACCAACAUCCUAGCACUCUACUUCCCCUCUGAUGCACGAGAGGCCCCAGGUCACAAGAUUCAUGCUCCGCCUGAUAGCAGCGACUUCGGCAACGAGCCCCACAAGCGGCGUAACCAGAUUCUGUCUGCUCUGUUUGCUGUGGGAGCCAUGCUGGGUUACGCCAUCCUCACCGGGAUCCUUACGAUCAAGCGUGAGCGGCCACAGCUGAAGAACUCCAGCCAUGAUGAUGAGGAUGAUGAAGACGAGGACUAAAUAAAGAAGAAAACAUGGGAUGGGAGCCACAAGGGACAACAAGCGCACAUUAGCGCUCACCUGCCGUUCAGAGUGAAGCUGCACACACUAUUACCUCAGUUCUUUAUAAUCUCCCAUCAUGCACGUGUGCGCUCUAACAGAAUCGCUCACUUGAUGGAGCCUCAAGCGAGCCCAUAUUGGUGCUUUUAAUUAUUGUUAAUGUAAUUGUUACUAUAAUAGUUGUGAUCUGUCAUUUUGUCAGGUCUCACAAGGCAGAAAUUUUGACUUUUCAGGUCAAUGUUUUAUCUUCUGGUCAGCAUUCAAGUAAACUGGGUAACAUUUAUUUAACAUCUGGGUAACAUUUAUCUUACAUAUUAAAAAGACAAACACUAAUAUGAGAAAAUUGGUCUGUGCUACUGUACUACUUUUCACAUAGCAAUCCAUCUUAUAUACAUCAUCAUGGCCCUUAUGAAAAUUAACCAUAG